GGUGAAGAGGGUCAGGCGUUGCAGGGGGGGGGUAGGGUGUCGAAGUCGAGGAAGUCGAGGUUGUCGUCGUCGGAGAGAGGGUCGAUGAGCGCGGAGGAGAGCGUGAAGAUGUUGUCGAGGGUGGAGGCGUUGACGGCGAGCAGCAUGAAGUCGUUGAGGAUAUGUUUGGUGACGAACACGGCGGCGUGGUACAGAGAGUUUUACAGGUUGGGGGGGGUGGAUGUGUUGUUUGAUGUGUUGGUGGCGUUGGACAUGAGGAAGUCGUUGAGGACGGAGGAGGUGAGGAUUCAGGAGGAGGUGAUUCGGAUUGCGAAGGUUAUUUUGGACGUGAAGUACAAUUUGGAGGAGUUUGUGGAGCGCGACGCGUCGAAGAAGAACGUGAACAAGUUGUUGUUGGCGUUGUCGGCGGGGGGUGCGAAGACGAGGAAGACGGUGUACGACAUAGUGUCGGCGAUAGUGGCGUUGACGAAGGAGGGUCACGCGAGGGUGUUGGAGGCGUUUGGGUAUUUGAAGUACAAGAGGGGGGAGGCGAGUAGGUUUGGGCGUUUGGUGGAGGCGUUGAGGUUUGACGAGGCGAGGGAGGUGAGGGUGGCGGCGUUGACGGUGAUUAAUUCGUUGAUUAGCACGCCGGAGAGUUUGGAUUUGAGGUUGAGUUUGAGGAGUGAGUUUUUGUCGUUGGGUUUGGGACAGACGAUAGGGAGGUUGAAGGAGGGGGAGGAGUCGGAGAGUUUGAGGUCGCAGAUAGUAGCGUUUGAGGAUGAUUUUUCGCUGGAUUUGGAGGAGUUUCGAGACAGGUUGUCGGUGUGCGAGAGGGUGGAUUUCGGGAGCGUGGAGGAGGUGUCGGUGGCGAUGGUGGAGUACGUGAGGGGGAGGGAGUACUUGAGGGAGCCGUUUAGCGAGGCGAUGAGGUAUUUGUUGUCGAUGCCGUCGGAUUCGUACAGGGGGGUGAGGUUGUGGUUUUUGGUGGCGAAGGUGGCGCACCAGUUGUCGAUAGUGAGCGAGGAGGUGGUGUUUGGGGAGGAGAGGGUGGUGGAUUUGGAGGCGUUGGUGGCGGGGACGGAGGACAAGGUGGCGUUGGCGGAGUUGAAGGAGAGGAGUUUUAUGAGGGAGGAGAAGUUGGAGUCGGAGAUGAGGGGGUUGAGGGAGAGGUUGGAGGAGGCGAAGGAGAGUGCGAGGAGGAGGGAGAGGGAGGUGAAGGAGAUGAGGGAGAGGUGGGAGGGGGCGAGGGAGGAGUGCGAGAGGGAGAGGGAGAGGGGGGAGAGGGAGAGGGAGAGGGAGAGGGAGGGGAGGAUGGCGGAGAGGAUGGAGGCGGAGGAGAGGAUUGUUGGGGAUGAGGGAGAGGUGGAGGGAGGAGGGGGAGGAGUUGAAGAGGGAGUUGGGGAGUUGGAGGGGGAGGAGUGGGGAGUUGGAGGUGGAGAAUGGGAGGUUGAGGGGGGAGGUGGAGAAGUUGAGGGAGAGGGGGGAGAGGAUGGGGAGGGAGUUGGAGAAGAUGAGGGGGAGGGUGGAGGAGUUGGAGAGGGGGAUGAGGGGGGUGUUGGAGGAGAGGGACAUGUUGGAGGUGAAGAAGGUGAAGGCGUGCAGGUUGUGGAGGACGUUGAAGGAGCAGAUGGAGAGGGAGAGGGUGGAGUGCGAGGGGCACAGGAGGGAGUUGGAGCAGUUGAGGGGGGAGGUGAGUCAGAGGUUGGUGGAGUUGAGGGACGAGAACAUGGUGUUGCAGCACGAGAAGGAGGAUUUGGUGUUGAAGUUGGAGGGGAUGAAGAAGGAGUUGGAGAGGUUGGACGACAGCAGGGUGAGGAUGACGUACGACGCGUUGAUAGAGCAGAUAAACGAGUUGAAGGAGGAGAACGACCAGUUGAAGGGGGAGUUGGAGGAGAGGGAGGGGGAGGGGGAGGAGGGGGGGAGCCGUCGGAGCCGUCGUUGGGGGCGGCGCCGCCUCCGCCGCCGAGUUUGCCGCCUCCGCCGCCGCCGGCGAUGAAGGCGGCGGGGAGUGCGGAGCCGAAGGGUCCGAAGCCGUCGGUGCCGACGUCGAACUUCUUUUGGACGAAGGUGCAGGCGUCUCAGGUGAGGAACACGGUUUUCGAGAAGUUCGAUCUGUCCGGGGUGGAGUUGGACGUGAGGGGCCUGGAGUCUGCGUUCAGCGCGAGGUCGAGUCGGAGGGCGGAAUUGAAGAAUUCGCCGAAACCGCCUAAGUCUUCUUUAUUUUCUUGUGUGGAGCCGCGUCGCUUGCAGAACGUGUCUAUAUUUUUGCAGACGUUCAAGCUGUCGAACGAGGACAUCCGAAACGCGAUUCUGAUGCUGGACGAGGACAUCCUGAACGCGGAGACGGCUCAGAAGUUGUACAACAACCUGCCUCUGGAGUCGGAGGUGUCGGCGAUCCAGAGCUACCUGGAGAGCGAGGAGGGCUCGCUGGACGCGAUGGAGGUGGUGGACCGUUUCUUCUACGAGAUGUCGACGAUCAGCCAGGUGCAGGCUCGGCUGGAGUGUCACCUGUUCCGCCUGAACUUUUCGGCGAGGAAGGACGAGCUGGAGCUGUCGAUCAUGAGGGUGAAGAAGGCGAACGCGGCGAUGUCCGCGGGGAGGGCGCCGUUCGACGAGUUCCUGCGUUUGGUGCUGGCGGUGGGGAACUUCCUGAACUACGGCACUUCUUACGGCAACGCGUGCGCGUUCAAGCUGAACUCGCUGCUGAAGCUCUCGGAGACUCGCGCCUCGAAUGGCCACGAAACGCUGCUGACCCACCUGAUCCAGUUCGUGGACCGGUGCCACCCGCGGGUGGCGGACUGGUACGCGCGGCUGAGCGAGCUGCAAUACGCGUCAAAGGUCGUGUGGUCGCAGGUCUCGGAGGAUCUGGACCACCUGGAGAAGACUCUGGAGCGCGUGCAGGGCCUCGCGGCGCAGGUGACUCGGAGCGACAGCAAGUGGGACUGCUUCCACCAAGUGAUUCCCGGCGCUCUGAGCCGCAUCAGGGCCCAGCUCUCGGACCAGCGCGCGCUCUACCAGCAGACCGACGGGGAUUACCGGGCGAUCUCGGGCACCUACGCCGUUCCCCCCAGCACGCCGCCGGAGGAAUUCUACGGACUGAUCGCGCAAUUCUCGAACGUGUACGAAAAGGCGCGCCGAGAACUCAAUCUCAAGAUCAUCAAGGAGAGCAAGGCGACCGAAAAGCCGUGCGUGCAGGAGAGGCCCGCGCCCUCCGGUCCGCGCCGCGUCACCAUACAGGCGCCCGGGGACGCCGCGAAGGACGACCCAUCGGAGCUGAUAGACGAGGACCUGAGGUGCGUGCUGCGCAGCAGAAUCCGGCAGGCCGCUUCCAUCGACUCUCCGAAGUCGGACCGGCCGAUGAGGGGCGACCGAGACGUCGAGAGCCACACGGGCCCCGAGACCACGCGUCCGAACAGCUCCGCCAGCCCCAGCGAUGCCGGCGGCCACUCGUUGUUCAAAAACGUCAAAAGGCACUCGUACGCCACUUGCCGCAGACUCAGUCCGGUGUCCACCUUGUAUUUGAACGGACCGAGCUCCACCGUGCGAAUCAGCUCCGACCUCACCUCCGUGUGUCGGUACACGCGCCACAGAACGCUCUCCAGGCGCGCCAACACCAGCCGCGGCAUCCGAUGGCUCAAAACGUUCAGCGUGCCCAGCGCCGACAGGCAGACGUCCGGCUCCCGGUCGUCCGUCGCCGCCAAAACCGAUUCCAGCGCGCUCUCCACGUGCCGCUCCGCGCCCUCCACGCACAUGUACCUCGGCGCGCUCGCCGCCGAGGCGCGCAUCAGCGCGUCCGCGCUCUUCAUCUUCUCCGCGAUCUCCGGAAGCAACACCUCCGCGCGAACCGUCGCCAACUUCCCCACACACUCCGUCGCCAAGUACCGCACGCUCUCCUUCUCGUCGCGCAUGCACGCGUACAGCGAUUCCACCAGGCUCCGGAAGCUGCGCUCGUCGCACACCGCCAACUCGUUCGCGCGCCUCUGCGCCACAAUCAGCUCUCGCAGCACGUUCAGCAGCGACAAUUGGCGCCCCGGCGACUCCCUCAACUGUCGCAGCACCUCGCCCAAAUACCCCCCGUGGUUCUUCACCAAAAACUGUCCCAGCGCCAGCGUCGACGUCGUCUUGAUGUCCUCGUCUGCGCUGUCCAGACGACCACACAGCACCUCGAAAACGCGACACCCAACUCCGUCCCCACCCUUCAGCUCCGACACCUCCACUCUCUGUCCAACCUCUCCCAGCGCCAGCAGCGCCAAGUGCUUCUCCGGCGAACUCUCCUCCGCGCUCUCCACCAUCCUCACCAACCCACUCACACUCUCCAACCUCUUCUCUCCUCGGUUCAAAACCAACACCGCCACCAACUGCGCCAAACAAACCCCCUGCUGUCUCACAAAGCCCUCCCCACCUCCAUCAACCCCUCCGUCACCCCCUCCUCACACCUCACCCCAUACCUCCUCCCCACCCUCGUCAACUCCCUCAACACCUCCACGCAUCCUAUCCUCACCUCCAACCCCACCCCCCUCCCCCUCGCCUGUCUACUCACCACCUCCGUCGCCCUCUCCACCACCUCCACCAACCACGGCACCCACGACUCCCCCCCCCCCGCACUCCUCCUGCCCCCCCCUCAUCGCCUGCUCCAAAAACGACAAAAAACUCGAAAUCACCUCCAACUUCACACUCUCCUCCCUCUCCUCAAAACUCCUCACCAACACCGGCGCCACCCUCCUGCACAUCUCCGCCAACCCCUCCCCCCCACUCCUUAUCGCUAUCCCCAAACACCUCGCCGACAACCUCCUCACCCUCCACCACUCGUCCUCCCCCUCCGACACGCUCUCCUCCUCGUACUCCCCCCCCUGA